AUUUAUAUAAUGCCACGUAUACAAUACAUCAGUACAAGGAUUUAGAAGAAAACAUUUUACCGUUUAAAUCCGAAUGUAGGCUUAUCUUUUGGAUUAUUAUCGAUAAUAAGUAGUGGAUUAUGAUAAAACACUAUGAUUAAAUGUUUUAGACAAGCCUACAUAGCCUACUAUAUUAUACUAUACUGUACGCUGACCAACAAAUUGAGUGGAAAUAACUACAGCAAAGCUCCCCCUUUUAUGGGACGUCACGCACAUACACCAAUCACAAAGCGUGGUGUUAUUGUCUAGAAAGUGUGCCGGGUCAUGUGGAAUUGAGUAGGCUUUCAUGAAUGCAGUGCCAGCAAAAAAACGCCAAGUCGCGUAUUGGUGCGCAGUGAAAGUUGAGCUUUCCUAAAACCCUCUAGCUGAAGAGACUGCCCUGCCGAAACCACUCAGUCUCCUUAUCCCAAAUCACUGUAGCCUCCGCGGACUUUUAAAGGACAUUUAAUUGUUUAGCCAAGAGCUUAACAGUGGUUGUACUUUAGAUAUCAUCAUGUUUUGGCCACUAUUGUGCGUAAAUGUUUUCCUGUUAUCCGUCCCUGUACACGCUCAGAUCUCUAAUAGGUACGCUAUUGGCUGUCCCAGUCGCUGUGACAAGUCGAUGUGUCCCCGUAUGCCAACGGAUUGCUCAGCAGGACAAGUUCUCGACCACUGUAACUGCUGCCAGGUGUGUGCGUCCGGGGAAGACGAAGCGUGUGGCGGCAAUGGCAAACUCGGCGACCCGGUGUGCGGAGAGGGCUUGGAAUGCUCGGUGUCCGGUGGUGUGGCAUAUUCAGCCACGGUCAGGAGGAGAGGCAAGAGUGGCAUUUGUGUCUGCAAAAGUACCGAUCCAGUUUGCGGCAGCGACGGGGUGUCCUACCGUAACAUCUGCGAGCUCAAACGGGUCAGCAAGCGGGCGCAAAAACUCCAGCAGCCACCUGUUCUGUUUAUUCAGCGGGGAGCAUGCGGAAAAGCACAGGACAACCCAAACAGCCUGAGACACAAAUACAACUUCAUCGCUGAUGUUGUGGAGCGCAUCGGCCCGGCUGUGGUCCACAUUGAACUCUACCGCAAGAUGGCGUACUCGAAGAGGGAGGUUGCGGUGGCCAGUGGCUCUGGGUUCGUGGUGUCCGAGGACGGUCAGAUUGUCACCAACGCCCACGUCGUGGCCAACAAGCAUCGGGUGAAGGUGGAGCUGAAGAAUGGGGCCUCAUACGACGCCAAAAUCAAGGACGUGGACGAGAAGUCUGACAUCGCCCUCAUCAAGAUCGAGACCCCGACCAAGCUUCCUGUGCUGCUACUGGGUCGUUCUGCGGACCUGAGGCCAGGGGAGUUUGUGGUAGCGAUAGGAAGCCCUUUCUCCCUGCAGAACACUGUUACCACGGGGAUAGUCAGCACCACCCAGAGGGGGGGCAAAGAGCUGGGAUUACGCAACUCAGACAUGGACUACAUCCAAACAGACGCCAUCAUCAACUAUGGAAACUCUGGAGGACCUCUGGUGAAUCUGGAUGGUGAGGUGAUUGGCAUCAACACACUGAAAGUGACAGCUGGUAUAUCCUUCGCCAUUCCCUCCGACAAGAUCCGCCAGUUCCUGGCCGAAUCCUACAACAGACAGUCACGUGGAAUGACGUCGACUAAAAAGAAAUACAUUGGUGUGCGGAUGAUGUCUCUCACGCCAGCGUUGACCAAGGAGCUGAAGGGUCGACAUAGAGAUUUCCCCGACAUCACCUCCGGAGCUUAUGUUAUGGAGGUGAUCUCUAAAACACCAGCUGCAGUCGGUGGACUGAAGGAGCACGAUGUCAUCAUCUCCAUCAACGGCCAGAGGAUCGCCUCGGCAACGGACGUCAGCGCUGCCAUCAAGAAGGACACCUCACUCCGAGUUGUGGUGCGCCGUGGCAACGAGGACGCCAUCCUCACUAUCGUUCCCAUGGAGAUUGACCCCUGACCCCGCCCCUGCACUUUGGGCUGGAGCUCAUAUUUAUCACCAAUAGACCUUAUAUGGGUGCGGGGCUAGUACCACACCCCCUGGAACUAAUAGACUGUGACAGCAGACGUCCAGCCAGGUUCAGACUCUUAACUCUAAGCCUUGAAGGGAACAAUUGACGCUCUUAGUAGAGUUGUAGUUCCUCAUCCAUGUGUAUUGUACGUUCCUUCUUGUAUGCCUUGAUUGAUGCAGCUACUGUUUACGGUUAACAGAAGGCAGUUGAUAAGUUGUGACCCUUUGACUGGUUUUGAUGGUUUUGUUUCUAAGACAGACUUAUUUGUUCAGGUAGGCCCGUCAUGGACAUGUUAAACACACUUAAAGAGCUCUGGGAACAUCUGAUUUGUGUAAUUAUUGUUUUCUAAUUUCCUUUUUUUUUAAGUACUGUAGCUAUAUGUUUUCUUUGUUUGGACGUACUGAAAUUAAAGGGUUUUUAUCUA